AUGGUGAGGAAUUCUUUCAAAGCUUUGCGCCGUCCCCUCUUGGUUUUGACUUUUGGCUGUGCUCAUAAAGACACUUUAUGCCGCAAUCUUAUCAAUGGUGGAGUGCAAAGAGAAACAAUUGAGCUUCUCAGCACGCAAAGUUCUUCUAAUACCUCCGAACCCCAUACUAUCAACCAUGGAUCCCAAGUCUCUACAAAUGGUCCUGGCGGCUCGGAUCUAGCUCACGAACGAUCAUCCCGGGGUAGUCAUGCGAGACCAUAUGCUUUCUUACCGUACACGAACUCGUAUUCAAACCUGUCUACUGGCAACGGAACCAAAAUCAACGGCUCUGAAUCAGCCAGCAACUCUUCUACCGAUUCAGAAAACGACAGCAUGGACGGCGACGAUGCUGGAGCCCUGCUAGCACACACCACCUCGAAGCCCAUUGUGGAACCAACAGCUACCCGAACAGUUCAGCUUCUGAACCUUGCAGAAGGCACUACUAUUGCAGAUGUCACGUCUAUCGUGAGGGGAGGGCUUAUUGUCAACAUAUAUUUUCGAGCCAGGGAUAACAUGGUUGCCCUGUCCUUUCUCCACUCAAGCGAUGCUCACGCCUUCUAUCAGUAUGUCCAGGCCAACGGACUGUACAUUAAGAAUACAAAGGUUGUCCCUUUUGGCAAAUGGGACGACCGCCAAUUCAUUGUAGCCGGUCACGUUGCACACAAAAUUGCUCUAGGGGCAUGCCGCAAUCUUGUCAUCCGGUACUGCAACCCUAAUCUCACCGAACAGGAAAUACGCAACGACCUAGAGCACAUACAUAACCUUGUGGUUGUACAGAUUCAAUUUAUGGGAGGGCAUUGUUUUAUCAGCACCAACUCAGUUGCUGCUGCCAUGUUCGCUCGCACUUGCAUGAUGAGUCGGCUAAAAUACAAAGGCACCUCCCGCAUCGAAUGGGGCGUUGACGAAUGUGCCCAGCCGCUGCACAAAAUGCCAGUACGUUCACAGAAGCCCGUAAUUCAAGCACCAGCAGUCAAAGGCACAAACAUCUCAGCUUCGAAUCGCUUUCAGCUGCUUUCUUUUGAUGAUGAAUAA